AUGGAGAAAUCUGGUUAUGGACGUGAUGGUAUAUACAGGUCUUUAAGACCACGUUUGGUCCUCCCCAAAGAUCCUAAUCUUUCUAUGGUUUAUUUCCUCUUUCAAAACUCUUCUUCCUAUCAGUCCAAACUAGCCCUUAUUGAAGCUGAUUCUGGUGAAUCUUUAACCUUUUCCCAGUUCAAAUCCACCUUGAUCAGGGUCUCUCAUGGCUUUUGCCAUCUCGGUAUCGGUAAAAACGAUAUCGUCUUGAUUUACUCUCCCAAUUCAAUACAAUUUCCCAUUUGUUUUCUUGGUGUUAUUGCUUUAGGUGCUAUCGCAACCACUGUCAAUCCUGUUUACACUGUCAAUGAACUGUCAAAGCAAGUCAAAGAUUCCAAUCCAAAGCUUGUUAUUACAGUACCUGAAUUAUGGGACAAAGUCAAAGGUUUUAAUUUGCCGGCUGUAAUUCUGGGUUCAAAAGAAAAUUUAUCUUCGAAUUCAAAGAUUGUUACUUUUCAGGAUUUGAUUGAGUUAUCUGGGAAUGUAUCAGAAUUUCCAGAUGUUUCCAUUAAGCAGACGGAUAUUGCUGCUUUGUUGUACUCUUCAGGUACAACGGGUACAAGCAAAGGUGUCAUUUUGACGCAUAGGAAUUUUAUUGCGGCGUCCUUGGCGAUAAAUAUGGACCAGGAUCUCGCUGGUGAAAAAGAUGAUGUGUAUCUCUGUGUGCCCAUGUUUCAUGUAUUUGGGCUUGCAGUUGUUUUGUACACACAGUUAAAGAAAGGCAACACUCUGGUGUCAAUGAGGAAGUUUGGUUUUGAGAUGCUUUUAAGGACUGUUGAGAAGUACAGAGUGACUAAUAUGUGGAUUGUGCCUCCGAUUGUGCUUGCACUUGCCAAGCAGAGUCUGGUCAAGAAGUUUGAACUUUCGUCGUUGAAGCUUAUUGGUUCUGGUGCUGCUCCUUUGGGAAAGGAACUGAUGGAAGAAUGUGCUAAGAACUUUCCUCAUGCUGUGAUUAUUCAGGGCUAUGGUAUGACUGAAACUUCUGGCAUUGUUUCAGUGGAGAAUCCUUAUGUAGCAGGAGUUCGACAUAGUGGUUCAGCAGGAACACUUGCUGCAGGAAUUGAAUCCCAAAUAGUCAGUGUAGAUACUCUAAAGCGUCUCCCUCCUAAUCAACUGGGGGAGAUAUGGGUUCGAGGACCCAAUGUCAUGCAAGGCUAUUUCAACAAUGAAGAGGCCACAACACUGACCAUAGAUGAAAAGGGUUGGUUACAUACAGGAGAUAUCGGAUAUUUUGAUUGGGAUGGACGGCUAUAUGUUGUAGACAGAAUUAAAGAGCUAAUUAAAUACAAAGGUUUUCAGGUUGCACCAGCAGAGCUUGAAGCGCUGAUUGUUUCUCACCCCAAGAUAUUAGAUGCUGUAGUCAUUCCAUUUCCGGAUGCUGAAGCUGGUGAGGUCCCAAUUGCAUAUGUUGUUCGCUCACCCGACGCUUCGCUGACUGAAGAAAUUGUUAAGAAUUUCGUUGCUAAUCAGGUUGCACCUUUCAAAAGAUUGCGAAGGGUAACAUUCAUAAACAACGUUCCGAAGUCAGCUUCAGGGAAAAUCCUGAGAAGAGAGCUCAUAGAGAAAGUCCGGUCCAAGAUGUGAAU